AUGGACGCGACUGCGGCUUUUUAUAAAGUUCGACUGAGUAGGGAGGAUGGAUGCACCGCAAUUGUGCGAUGCCUGGGUAAGAAGUACCGGGUGGAUCGGAUGGCCUUUGGCAUCCGAUGCGGCCCCGGUGUGCUUGAGGAGAUUUUGACCGCUCUAGUUGCUGAGGUCGAAGCGAAAGUACGUCUCAGUUUCCCUGACGAUCCCCUACAUAUAUGGGUGUACGUGGAUGAUUUCACGUUGUUGGGGUCUAGGCAGGUGGUCGAGGCUGCCCAAAAGCUUUUGAUCGAGCGAGGAUCGUCUUGGGGCUUCACCUUCUCCGCCCACAAGACACACCGCGUCGAUUUCCAUCCAGACGGAUGGGUAUCGGCCUUCAAGGAGUUUCGCCAUCUUGGCGUUACGUUCGCCUGCAAAUGCGUGCCUAAAAGGGCGGACAUGUUUGAGCUAUGUUUACGCUGUACGACGCCCUCACUGUCGCAGGAACUGUUCCAAGAGGGCCAGAGGACAACUAAGAGGGCGCUGUUCAAGUUGGCCGGUCUUUCUCAUGACCCUCUAGCCAUCCACGCUGAGCAAGCGUUAGCUGGUGAUCUGAUACGGCGAGUGGCGGGAAAAUGGAAGGACCUUGGCUGGGAUGAACAAGCUCGCCUAACGGCGAAGGAGGCCGAUGCACUCUCCAAGGCGAUCUCGGUGAUAAGAGCAUGGCAGAGAGAGGGUCCUUGUGAGCACCCGACGGCAUUCGGUGCGACCGAGUUACGUGUCACGACCGACGCGAGCCCAUAUGGUUAUGGUUACCACGUUGACGUUCUGGGGGGCAAGUUUGGGCCAGUCAAGCUGCACCGUCGCGCCAAAUUUUGGAAAGGGCCUAGCGUUUCGUGGCAUAUGAAUCGUCGGGAGGCUUUCUGCUUAUCAGCUGCUCAUCUGUUCGUCGAGUCGAUCGUGAUGUUUAUUCGUCCUCUCAGCCUCCGCAUCAUGUCCGAUUCCCGAACGGCCUUGAGCUGGGUCCAGGGUGGAUCUAGAUUGACUUGCCGGUCGGUCGAGCGGGUUGCCCUGGCACGCCUUUGCGAUGCUGUCUGUGAGUUACGGGAGGCGUGGAGACGACGGUAUGGUGUUUACUCUCAACUAAGUCAUGUGGCCGCUGAUGAGAAUGAGGAGGCCGACGCUCUGAGCCGAUUGGGUGUCCGCUGGCGAAUCCCAAAAGAAAUCCUACUUGACGGUCGUGAGGCUGUAGUCGACGACUGUGAGUGUGAUGAUCAUGGCAAGCUAUCCGAUCAGGUCGAGGGGCGGCUUGCAAUAAUCUUGGAUGCUGAUGCCGGGAGCCCCCCAGCAGAGGUGAGUGUUGCACCUGGUAAGCCCGCCCGGAGAAAACUACUCCAACUGCAAUGGCAAUCCCCGUCAGCUCGACUUAUCCUACAGUGUUUGGGUUCUAACCCUCCUGAUGAGGCUGGGAGUGCCCUACUUUGUGUCCAUGGUCCUGCUCCCCGGGCCUUGGCUCGGGAGCUCGCCGACUUCUUUGUUGCGGAUGAUGGUGUGUUGUUAAAGCGUGUGACCACUGCCCGCCUGAAUGGCAUUCAGGCUCACCGGCUGUGCUACUUCAUUCCGGCGGAUACGUCUGAUGGGAAGGGCUUCGCGGAGCACGUGGUCUCCCAAUAUCAUGAUGAAGCUGGAUGUCUCAAUGUUCGAUAUCUAAGAUGGCUGAUUACUCGUACUUUCUAUUACCCUAAUAUACGACGACUGGUCAACGACCUGAGCAAGAGUCGCAACAAAUGCCAACAGUCGUUUAGUCGACGUUACUAUUCCACUACUGACGGCGGUCGUUCUUUGAAUGAAGGAGUUCGAUCGGUAUGGCAAACAAUUAGCAUUGACUUGGCAGAGAUGGGGCCAGAUAGAUAUUCCCGUUAUCAUUCCGCUAUAUUUCUAAUUGAUCAUUUCAGCAGAUAUGUAUGGAUCUCUCCGAUUCGGAACUCCACGAGUUCUGCUGUCGUAGGAGCCCUAUCUACAUGCUUCGAUUGGUGGGGGAACCCCUCUUUAUUGCAGAGUGAUGGGGGACCCGCUUUUCGCUCGGCUGCUUUUAGGAAGUUUCUGCUGGAGCGAGGGAUCGUUCAGCGAAUCACUAAUCCAGGGAGCCCAUUCGCCAAUGGGUUAGUGGAGCGAUCCAUUUCUGCAUUAAAGACCCUUUGCCGAGGGGUUGCCAAUAAAAGGGUAUGGCCUACUCUAUUAUCUAAGGCCUUUGUUCGUCUCAACUGUAAACCUUUGUCUGAUGUCGGUCUUACCCCCCAUGAAAUAUUUUUCUGUAGACCUCGACGUCUGUCUGUCGAGAAUGCAUUAGAGAAUGAUGGUCCCGAGAGCUCUGCUAUUGCUACACUUGAUGAUGUUGCCAAUUUGAUGAAUGUUCGCAAAGUUAUGAAUGAUAUGGUUAAGACGGCUUUGCAUAAAUCCAUCACUGACUCCCGUGAGAUUUGCGGGACCCGCGGUCGCGGUCCACCUGCUAUCGGUGAUGAGGUAUUGUUGUUCGAGCCUAAUAGCUUCGGUCGCGGUGGUUCCUAUGGUUCCACAGUCUACCGUGUGUAUGGCCAAGUCGGCCGGACCACUCUGCAACUUGUUCUUGCGGGUCCGUACCAGGGUCCGGUUAAUAAGUCUGACAUCUUAGAAUGUCAUUAUUUCAAUACCCGCCCAUAUAACCGUCCAUCCGGGGGGCAUGUCGAGUAG